UCGGUGGCUCAUUGAAUAGUGUCAACCCCCUAAUUAAUGUAACAAACGAAUAAAUCCGCGUUUUAAAAUGUAUACAUUCGCGUACUGUUCAUUGGUUGUUGUCUGUUUUGGUUCGAUAAGUGCCGAUGUAAAUAGCGAUUCAGGAUACAACUUCUUAGUUAUAGUUACUGAUGACCAAGACAUCAUGCUGAAUGGCAUGACCCCAAUGGCCAAAACUCUUGAACACAUCGCAAAUGAAGGAAUGACCUUUGUCAAUGCAUUUACAACAUCUCCGAUUUGUUGCCCGUCACGAAGUUCAAUUCUGACGGGAAAAUAUGCUCACAACCACCAAACAAAGAACAACUCUCGUUCCGGCGGCUGUUAUGGACGUGUUUGGCGUGAAACGAUUGAACCGGCGACUCUCCCCGUUUGGUUAUCUCAUGCUGGAUAUGACACAUUUUUCGCUGGGAAGUAUUUAAACGAGUAUUUUUCAGCAAGUAUUCCACCGGGAUGGUCUCAGUGGUUUGGUUUACAUGGGAAUUCGCGAUACUACAACUUUACCGUCACUGAAAAUGGUAAAGUGGCCACUUAUACCAAUGAAUAUUUUACUGAUUACUUGGAUACUAAAACGGUAAACUUCCUGAAGAACUUAAGAGCAGAUCGGCAUUUUUUUGCGAUGGUAACACCUCCUGCUCCACAUGCCCCAUUCACACCUGCAGACAGGCACAAAGAUCUUUUCCCCAAUGUCAAAGCAAUACAAACGCCGAAUUUCAACAUAUCUUCCAGUCCAUUACGUAAUGUCGAUGGUUCAGAAAAACAUUGGCUAUUAACUAUGGAACCUUCCACAUUGCCAUUAAAGUUCCUGGAUGAGAUGGACACGAUUCACCGUAAGAGAUGGCAAACACUGAUGGCAGUUGAUAAUAUGGUGGAGAACAUUGUGAACAUUUUACGUGAAAAGAAAUUAUUGGAAAAAACAUUUAUAUUUUACACCUCCGACAAUGGUUUUCAUUUAGGGCAAUUCUCCCAAGCCUAUGAUAAACGGCAACCCUAUGAGACGGAUAUUAGGGUACCUUUAUUCGUAAGAGGACCUACAAUCAAACCGAAAGCAGUCCAAGAGUCAGCCGUUGCAUUGCUAGACAUCGUGCCCACGAUCCUGCAGCUUGCCAAUCUAGAACUGCCUUCCUUCUUAGAUGGCCAACCAUUGCCACUGCACAGUGAUGCAGAUGUGUUAAUUGAAAGACAACUACUGGUAGAAUACUGGGGAGAAGGAUCCUUGGAAACGUAUAACCCCGAAUGCCCAUGGGCAGCGCAAGACAGACUACAGUUGUGUACUGUUGAUGCUGCGUGCCAUUGCCAAGACGCCUGGAAUAAUACUUACAAUUGCGUUCGUCAUCUGGCUACUGAUUUGAAUUUCAUUUACUGCGAAUUCAAGGAUAAUCAGAAUUUCGUUGAAGCUUAUGAUAUUGCCAAUGACCUGUAUCAAAUGAAGAACAUCGGCUUCGAAAUACUUCCCUCAAUUAGAGCAAAGUACAGCCUAGCAAUACAGAAUCUCACUGCCUGUGUGGGUCAUACAUGUCAUAUUAUUUACUGAUUUACUCUCCUGCAAUCGAAUGUUGCCUAGGAACUAUUAUUAAAUAUUGCAGUCAACUGACCGCGACCAUAAAUAGUCGGCACAUAUCAGCGCAUAAAUGUUUUCUUUUUCUUAAAAUCUCCAAAUAGCCUCGGUUGGUUAGUUUGGACAAUCAAAACAAUAUACAGUGGAGUGCCGUUUACCCGGGUACCUUUUAUCCGGCUUUCCGUUUAUCCGUGCUGUUGAGAAAUGACAGUUCAAUACAAAAGUGACAUUGCGUUAUGAGGAGGAUAUUUUAAAAAGCGGUUAUAGGAGCACAUUGGCAUAACAAAAAAUACUAUAAUUCAUUGAAAAUUUUACAUAUUCUCAUUGGAAAAACAUGAUGUUAAUAAAAACUGGGUUAUUUUAUCAAAAACUAAGAAAAUUUUCCAAAACCUAAUCAAGAAUUGGUGAUAAAACAUAUCAUUUGACUCAUUAUCCGUGUUUUUCGCUUAUCCGGGCGAGGUUAAGUCCCGAGAAGCCCGGAUAAACGGCGCUCCACUGUAUAGCAAUUAAAUGUGAUGUGUAUGGCAAACAAAAAUAAACCUAAAAUAAUCAAUUUUGUGCAA